CACUGCACACCCUUUGUUUUUCCAUAUUUGCAGAAAGUGGGCUAAAACACCAGUCUGUAACAUUUUUGGAGCUUUAUAAAUGAAGACUUGUUUACUGGGUUACUGCUGAGGACUGUAGUGCGCGCGCUGUGUUGUGAUCAGGCGCGCUCGGGGCAGCCCUGCAGUGGAGAUGAGCGGGUUAAUGUUUACUCUGACCCCUGGCCGCCGAUGGCCGAGCGCUUUCUCCAGACUAACGCGCUGUUUCCUGUCUGCUGACGCUGGCGCGGGGAAAAUGGGCGCAGACUGGCUGUCCUCCUCCGAGCGAGAGCACUUCCUCCUGGAGCUGAGGGCCACCGGAUGGAUGGAGGUCGAGGACCGCGACGCUCUUUACAAGGAGCUGCACUUCAAAACCUUCAACCAGGCGUUCGGCUUCAUGUGUCGAGUGGCUCUGCAAGCAGAGAAGAUGAACCAUCAUCCGGAGUGGUUCAAUGUUUAUAACAAGGUCCAGAUCACUUUAUCGACACAUGACUGUGGAGGACUGUCAAAGAAGGACAUUCGACUGGCCAAGUUCAUUGAUAAGGUGGCGCUGUCCCUGUAGAGGCUCUUCCUUCUGGAACAUUCAUUUUCAAUAUUUCAAAUCUUUUGUAUUGUUUUCCCAAAAAGGGAAAUUUGUUAAUUCACACGUGUGUUUUAUUUGGAUCUACAUGAUUCUGGUAAAUGCAUAUCAAACAGGUGUUGGAAUACUGUUAGUAGAUACAUUUCAUAUUCAUUAAAUAUCUGAUACAAUUUCAAA